AUGGCUGACAAGUUCGUCACCGCCCAUGCAGGGGCCAAGAAAACGGAAGCCAUGGUGAAUGACAUAUUCGCCAUUAGACAGUCACCUGGUGAAGGAUUUAGGGACUUCCUCGCCCGAUUCAACAGAGUGAUAAUGAUCCUUCUAAAUAUAUUAGAGAGGAUGGCAGUAUCAGCUUUCCAAAACGGGCUGAACAGAAGCGGGUCGAGGGAGACCAAAAAACUGUUGAACAGACUUAUGAAGUACCCUCCCACCACUUGGGAAGAAAUACAUAAUUCUUAUUAUGCCGAGGUAAGAGAGGACGAGGAUGACCUUAAUGGGCCAACCCAGCAGUUGACAUCGGUCCAGAUGGAGUCGGGAAAAGACCGCAGAAACGACAACAGAAGGGAUCAUGCCGGCCCAUGCCUAAAUCGUGAAAGACACCAGCCGUACACUAGAACGGCCGCCAUAGCACCCCCUCUCCCCUCCCGCUAUAGUGACGGCUCACCCAUGCCACAAAUAGGGACUCACCGAAACGAAAGAGGUAUGCCUCAACUGUUAUCUGCUAAUAACUUCUGUGUUUCUCCUUCAGAGAUAGUCUACGCUCUAGAGAAGCUUAGCCUUAAGGUGAAAUGGCCACUAAAUAUGAUGUCCGACCCAAACACCAAAAAGUCGAAUACCCUCUGUGAAUUCUAUCAGGAGCGAGGCCACAAGACCGAGGAUUGCAUCGCCUUGAGACAGGAGGUAGUAAACAUGCUCAACCAGGGGAAUUUGAGAGAUCUGAUGAGUGACCGAGAAAGAGCAAACUUUGCUCGUGGAUGA